CCGCCGCCGCCGCCCCGCCGGGGGGGGCGCAGCCCCGCACCCCCCGCGCUCCCGCCAUGCCGGAGAAGCGGCCGUUCGAGCGGCUGCCCGCCGACGUGUCCCCCCUCAACUAUGGGCUCUGCCUCAAGCCGGACCUCAUCGACUUCACCUUCGAGGGCAAGCUGGAGGCCGCCGUGCAGGUGAAAAAUGCAACCAACCAAAUCGUGAUGAACUGCGCCGACAUCGACAUCAUCACUGCGUCCUACGCCCCGGAAGGAGACGAAGAGGUUCACGCCACAGGGUUCAACUACCAAAAUGAGGAUGAAAAGGUCACUCUGUCCUUCCCCAGCACCCUGCAGAAAGGGACGGGGACGCUGAAGAUAGACUUUGUGGGGGAGCUGAACGACAAAAUGAAAGGGUUCUACCGCAGUAAGUACAGCACGCCCGGCGGGGACACGCGCUACGCCGCCGUCACCCAGUUCGAGGCCACUGAUGCUCGCAGAGCUUUCCCUUGCUGGGAUGAGCCUGCAAUUAAAGCAACGUUUGAUAUUUCUUUGGUGGUUCCCAAAGACAGAGUAGCUUUGUCAAAUAUGAACGUGGUGGAGCGGCGGCCGUACCCCGACGACGAGAGCCUGGUGGAGGUGAAGUUCGCGCGCUCGCCGGUCAUGUCCACGUACCUGGUGGCCUUCGUGGUGGGCGAGUACGACUUCGUGGAGGCGCGCUCGCAGGACGGCGUGCUGGUGCGCGUCUACACGCCCGUGGGCAAGGCCGAGCAGGGCAAGUUCGCCCUGGAGGUUGCUGCUAAAACUCUGCCUUUUUAUAAGGACUACUUCAAUGUUCCUUACCCUCUUCCUAAAAUUGAUCUCAUAGCUAUUGCAGACUUUGCUGCUGGUGCCAUGGAGAACUGGGGCCUUGUUACUUAUAGGGAGACUGCGUUGCUCAUCGACCCCAAGAAUUCCUGCUCCUCGUCCCGCCAGUGGGUGGCUCUGGUGGUGGGGCACGAGCUGGCCCACCAGUGGUUUGGGAACCUCGUCACCAUGGAGUGGUGGACCCACCUGUGGCUGAACGAGGGCUUUGCCUCGUGGAUCGAGUACCUGUGCGUGGAUCACUGCUUCCCCGAGUACGACAUCUGGACCCAGUUCGUGUCUGCUGACUACACACGAGCCCAGGAGCUCGAUGCCUUAGACAACAGCCACCCCAUCGAGGUCAGCGUGGGCCAUCCCUCCGAGGUGGAUGAAAUAUUUGAUGCCAUUUCCUACAGCAAGGGAGCCUCUGUGAUCCGCAUGCUGCACGACUACAUUGGGGACGAGGAUUUCCGGAAAGGAAUGAACCUGUACCUGACCAAGUUCCAGCAGAGGAAUGCUGCCACAGAGGAUCUCUGGGAAAGCCUGGAAAAAGCCAGUGGCAAACCCAUUGCUGCUGUGAUGAACACGUGGACCAAACAAAUGGGAUUUCCCCUCAUUUACGUGGAGGCUGAACAGCAAGAAGAUGACAAAGUGUUGAAGUUGGUCCAGAAGAAAUUCUGUGCCAGUGGACCAUAUACUGGCGAGGAUUUCCCCACGUGGAUGGUGCCCAUCAGCAUUUGCACGAGCGAGGACCCCAGCUGUGCCAAAAUGCAGGUUCUGAUGGACAAGGCCGAGCUCACCGUGGUGUUGAAGGACACCAAACCCGAGCACUGGGUCAAGCUGAACCUGGGCACCGUGGGCUUCUACCGCACGCAGUACAGCCCGGCCAUGCUGGAGAGCCUGAUCCCGGCCAUCCGCGACCUGUCCCUGCCGCCCGUGGACAGGCUGGGGCUGCAGAACGACCUCUUCUCCCUGCCUAGGCCACCUGGAUGCCCUGCUGAGGGGGCUGGCUUUGAUAAAACAGGGAAAAGCUCCCAAAUAAUCCCAUUUUUCUGGUUUUCCUCCCUCCUAGGCCACCUGGAUGCCCUGCUGAGGGGGCUGGUUCUGGGCAAGCUGGGCAAGGCCGGGCACAAGGCGACGCUGGAGGAGGCGCGGCGCCGCUUCAAGGAGCACGUGGAAGGGAAGCACGUCCUGUCUGCUGACCUGAGGAGCCCUGUCUACGUGACCGUGCUGAAGCACGGGGACAGCUCCACCCUGGACACCAUGCUGAAGCUGCACAAGCAGGCUGACAUGCAGGAGGAGAAGAACCGCAUCGAGCGCGUCCUCGGGGCCAUCUCCCAGCCAGAGCUGAUCCAGAAAGUUCUCACCUUUGCACUUUCAGAAGAGGUACGUCCCCAGGACACGGUGUCAGUGAUUGGAGGAGUGGCUGGGGGCAGCAGACAGGGCAGGAAAGCUGCUUGGAAAUUCGUGAGGGACAACUGGGAGGAGCUUUACAAUCGAUACCAAGGUGGAUUCCUAAUAUCCAGGUUAAUAAAGCUCACAGUGGAUGGAUUUGCAAAUGACAAAAUGGCUGCAGAAGUGAAGGCGUUCUUCGAGAGCCACCCGGCGCCGUCGGCGGAGCGCACGGUGCAGCAGUGCUGCGAGAACAUCCUGCUGAACGCGGCGUGGCUGCGGCGCGACGCCGACAGCAUGCAGCACUUCCUGCAGCAGCGCCGCGCCGCGCCCGUGUGAGCCCCGCUCCCGCUCGGGACUGGCCUUUGCUUUGUUUCCCCUUCCUUCGGUUGGUUUUUUUCCCCUUUUUUUCCCUUUUAUUUUUUUUUUUGGGUUUUUUUUUUGUUUUUUUUGUUUUUUUUUUUUUGGUUUUGUUUUGUUUUGGUUUUUUUUUGUUUAUUUCCUCUUCCUCCUCCUCCUCCUCCUCAAGCCCGUGGGGACUGGACCGUGAAUGUAGAGUUUAAUCGGUUCCUGCUCACACACUCCAAGAAUUUGGGAAAAUUCUGUUCGGGAAAAAAAAACAACAGCAGCAACAACAACAACAACAAAAAAAAAAUCUGUCAGCGAUUCUGCAGAAAGAGAGAGAGAGAGAAAAAAUACAAAAACACAAAAAAAAAGAGAGAGAAAAAUCUGUAAAUAUGAUAGUAAUAAAAUAGAGCAUAACAAAACUGUGAAA